CACACUUUGGAAGCUCCAGAGUAGCGAUAUGUAGAAGAGUGACCACGACCGUGCGUGCUUGUGAUGAUGACUAAUUAGUCAAGACAUUUUGUUUCGAGGCUAAAAAGUCACCUCUGCUGCUGUUGUAAACUAUACUGUUGUCGGGUAUGCUAGAACAGAGAUCUUACGGUCAUGUGUUUCUUAAAGCUCAGUUCUCGUCCGUAGAUCACGCUGUUUUUAAAUGAGAGUUACGAAUAGUCUUCAGCUUGUUGACCUCUCGCCGCUAAACAGCGUGUAGUACCAAAGAUCAUGCCUGAGCGAGCGAAGAUGAGGAAGCCCGACGUGAAAGUUGUGAUACUGGGUGACAUGAACGUUGGGAAAACUUCGCUGCUUCAUCGGUACACGGAGAAAAAAUUCAAAGACACUGUCAGCACCGUUGGCGGAGCCUUCUUCUUGAAACAAUGGGGACCUUAUAAUAUCUCUAUCUGGGAUACCGCUGGCCGGGAGCAGUUUCACGGCCUGGGCUCUAUGUACUGCCGCGGUGCCUCUGCGGUCAUCCUCACCUACGACGUCACCAACUGGCAGAGCCUGACCGAGCUCGAGGACCGCUUCCUGUCACUCACCGACACGGCAAAUGCUGACUGCAUCUACGCCAUCGUGGGCAACAAGGCUGACCUAACGGAGUCGAGCGCCCAGGGGCCAGUGCCUGAGGACGGGCAGGGGGAGCAGGAGAGCGUGGGGACUGAGCUCCGGCCCACUGGUGGUGGUAGUAGUAGUGGUGGUGGUGGCGGCGGUGGGGAUGCCCUGCACCAGAAGCAGGUGAACCAGGAUGACGCGCUGGCGCUGUAUGCCCGGGUGCUCCGCUACAAGGGGCUGGAUGGCAUGGCCUGCCCACCUGGCGAAAGCUUGUGCUUCGAGACCAGCGCCAAGACGGGCUACAAUGUGGAUGUGUUGUUUGAGACCAUCUUUGACAUGGUGCUGCCCUCCAUCCUGAAGAAGCGGCGCGAGGGCGAGCCCUCCACCGUUGACCUGGAGGACUGCCGGGUCCCCAAGAGCAUUAAGGGAGGCUGCUGUGCAUGAUGGGAAGGGGGAGGGAUGGUCUUGCAGGGCCAGGCCAGGCCAGGCUACCAAUUAAAACCCAUGUGAGAAAAGUUGUUGGGUGUAAUAUGGAGAGGUUGCUGAAGCCUCCAGUUUACUCUUGGUCCAAAGAUCAGCUUGUUUUGGGGGCUGUGAUAACAUGUGAAUGUCUGAAUAAAUCAAAUUCAGACUGGGGCUUGAGGUAUUUUCCCCCGCGAAAACAAAACUGGCCAGCGCCCUCUCUUUCAUGCUGAUGUCAAUUCAAAGGCUGUUCAAACAAUCAACAGGACAAGUUUAAAACAAACACUGUCUUUAUUUCUGUGUGAAUAGCGGAGAUGGAGUAAAAAGUGCACAUUAGUAAGGUGGAUUUUUGCCUUUAAAAACAGAAUUGUGCGAGAGAAAAACAAAACAUUGCAGCAGUGUUCUUCAUUGACAUGUGUUGCAAAUCAGUCACUGAAGUACUUUUCUUGUUGAAUGUUAAGGGACUGGGAAGCACUUAAAGGGCAGUGGCAGUAAUCUUUACCCUGCGCCUGAGAUGACACUGAAUGACUCCUUUUUCAAGGAAACAUUUAAAAAAAGAUAAUAAACAGUCAGUGUUGAGUGAUCUAUGCUUGAAAUGUAAAAAUAAAAAAUGUAAUUUUUUAAACAUAUAAUUUUUAUCAAUCUAUGUAAUGAAUCACAAUAAAUUGCGUAUAAUUUUAAAGAAAGACACCACUAUAUUUUCCCACAAAUUGUAUACAAAAUAAAUAUGUCUCUGUUUGUUAUUAUUCAUAACAAUUAUGAGUAAAUUCCUAGCCUCCUGCAUAAGCAAGUUGGAACCAACAUUCCAACUGACCAUGUAUUAAAGCUCAUUGCAUUAUA